UGAAAUGGAGAGAGAGCGGGGUAAAGAAAUCAAAGUGUAGCACUGCACGGCACGCCACGGCGAGGGAAGAAGAUUGAGAUGAAAACAUAAAAGGGUUUGAAAUUUGCAAUCAACCCAAUUGAAGCGUUGAUGCUACCACCAUGGCUAGCAAAGGCAAAGAGAAUGAGUCAGUGAAGACGGUUCUGGUUCACGGUGGUCGAUACGCGCAGUACAAUGUCUACGGCAACGUCUUCGAGGUUUCCUCCAAGUACACCCCUCCCAUUCGCCCUAUCGGAAGAGGCGCUUAUGGCUUCGUCUGUUCUGCGGUUGAUUCAGAUACACAAGAGGAAGUUGCAAUCAAGAAGAUCGGUAACACAUUCGAUAACAUAAUUGAUGCUAAAAGGACUUUGAGGGAGAUUAUGCUGCUUCGCCACAUGGAUCAUGAGAAUAUUAUUGCUAUUAAGGAUAUCAUACGACCUGCUAGAAAGGAAGCUUUCAAUGAUGUUUACAUUGUUUAUGAAUUGAUGGACACUGAUCUUCAUCAGAUCAUUCGUUCUAACCAGCCUCUUACUGAUGAUCAUUGUCAGUACUUUUUAUACCAGCUACUAAGGGGGCUGAAAUAUGUGCAUUCAACUAAUGUCUUGCACCGUGAUCUUAAGCCCAGUAAUAUACUCUUGAAUGGGAACUGUGACCUUAAAAUUGGGGACUUUGGUCUGGCAAGGACGACAUCUGAAACGGAUUUCAUGACAGAGUAUGUUGUUACGCGAUGGUACCGAGCCCCCGAAUUGCUCCUUAGUUGUUCAGAGUACACCUCUGCAAUUGAUGUUUGGUCAGUUGGUUGCAUAUUUGGCGAAAUUAUGACCAGAGAACCCUUGUUUCCCGGGAAAGAUUAUGUUCAUCAACUAAGGCUUAUAAUAGAGUUAAUAGGUUCCCCUGAUGAUGCCAGCAUUGGAUUUCUCCGAAGUGAAAAUUCCCGAAGAUAUGUUAGACAGCUUCCACAAUGCAGAAAGCAAAAUUUCUCAGCAAGAUUCCCUAAGAUGUCGCCUGAGGCUGUGGAUCUACUAGAAAAGAUGCUUGUCUUUGAUCCCAACAAACGUAUUACAGUUGAUGAGGCACUAUGUCACCCAUAUCUUUCAUCCCUUCAUGACAUCAAUGAUGAACCAGUUGGUCCCAUGCCAUUUAGUUUUGAUUUUGAGCAGCCAUCAUGCACUGAAGAGCACAUCAAGGAGCUCAUCUGGAGAGAAUCAGUGAAGUACAACCCAGAUCCACCCUCUUAGUAAUUCUUCCUUGUACAAGUGUAGCAAGAUAAACUUCUUUCACCUUAACUCCUUAAGUACAGUGUCAUUUCCUGUCCAUCAUUAUCUUCACAAGUUAUAAAAGUUGUAUUAUGUUGAAGUUUGCUCAAGGGGAAUACUCAAGGACUGCGGGUCUGUCAUAAUCUUUGAAAGCUCUUUUCUGUUGUUACAUCUGCAUUAUGAUAUCCGGCUCUUACAUACGAUGUGGGCUUGUUUCUUGGCUGAACUUGUUGACUGUAAAUAAAGAAACAUCUUUUUUUUUUCUAUUGAAGGGAAGAAACAUCUAUUACAUUAAAAUCUAAAAGCACUAAGUUGUUUAAUA